AUGUCCAUCCAGACGCAUCGAAGGGAGGCCGUUUUUGGGGAAGGCAUCUUCUCGAACAGCACUCCCUCUCUCCGGCGUCCCCUACCCUCCCUCCAUCCACGUGUUUCUGGGGGAGCCAUCUACGCUAAAGACGCCUUCCUCACGUUCGUCAAAGCCACCCUGAACUACAACAAGGCUCUCGGCACCGCCACUGUCAACACCAUCACCACCGGCGAAGGCGGAGCAGCCUACGCCGCGGCCACGGGACGAAACUCCGAGGCUGCGGUGCGGUUCUGCUCGUUAACCUUCCAGGCCAACACCGCCAAGUUCACAGACGAUAGCACGCUCUACAUGGAGAUGGGCUGGGGGUCGUCGUGGGCGGCGGUGCUGUCGAUUUGCGACAGGAGCAAGCCGACUGGCACGGUGGUGCCCACGAGUGGAUGGAAACUCGUGACCGGCUGCCCCGCCAGCACCUGUAAUGCUUGA